ACUUCCAGUGGCAGCGUCGCAUCUCAGAUCUCAACUCGACUCGGUUCGGCACAGAUCGGAAUCUCCAUCUUCAUAGGGGACUCCGUUUUCCCACCACAACUCAGGGCACAACGAAAGUGAGACGUCAGGUUAAUCGAGCGUGUAAUUUGUGGGACGUUCGCGGGAUUUACGAGCCACUGCAUCCACCAGCUGACGACAGGUUAAAUGCCCGCUCCCACCCACAUGAGGCAGCUCCGUUGGGUGGCCUGCCUCCUGGCCGGCCUGUGUCUCACCACCUGCCGGGCGCAGCUCCCAGGAGGGUCCUUCGCGCAGCGCCAGCAAGGAGUCCAGUUGCAGCAGCAGUCACCAUUUGGAUUGCGCCAACCCACUUUGGGCCAGAACCAGGGACUUUUUCCAGCGCAACGCAGUCCGCUGAAUCCGCUGAAUCCGCUGGUCAACCCCUUGGCCUCGCCUCUGACGGGAGCCGCUCUCCAGAAUCCCUAUCGAUACAACCAGUACCAGCAGCAGAACUAUGUCCCCAUCACAGCCUACCAGAACGAGCUCAAUCUGGACGGCAGCUUCUCCUAUGGAUACUCCUCAGCCGAUGGAACCACGGCUCAGGCCCAGGGCUAUGUCAAGAAUCUGGGAUAUGGCGAAGGCGUCGAGGCUCAGGUCAUUCAGGGGUCUUAUUCGUACACCUCGCCCGAGGGCACGCCCAUUACGGUACGCUACAUUGCCGAUGAGAACGGAUUCCGAGCCGAGGGCACGGGCAUUCCUGCCACUCCGCCCCCGUACGUUGUGGGAGCUGGACAACAGCCGUACCAGCAGGGCGUCCUCAAUCCCAAUCUUAAUCCAUACCAGACGCCAUUCCGCCAGCUGCCACCACCGCUGGCUACGGCACCCUUUCGACCACAGGGACCAGGACAACAGCCAUUAAACCCGUUGCAACAGCAGCAGCAACAGCAACAGCAACGAAAUUUGCAACAGCAGCAGCCGAACUCUGGACAGUAUCAGCCGGAGCAGCCGUUCAAUCAGCUAAACUCCGGACGCCAGCAAGGCCAAUAUGCCGGGCAAUUCGGUCAGCAAUUUGGUCAACAAUUUGGUCAGCAAUUCGGUAGCAAUCUCACAACCCAGCAGGCCCAGCAGAAUGCCAACCAGCAGCAGCAGCAACAACAGCAACAGCAGCAGCAGCAGCAACAGCAACAGCAGAAGGAUCAGCAAAACGAGCAGCAGCAACAGCAGGGGCUGAUAACCCAACAAUUGAGAGGCAGACCUAACCAAUUGGUGGAUCCGUAUGGUUACAAUCAGUAUGGCAGACGCUUCAAGAAGUCACCGAGGAAGUGAUUAAUUUGCCCACGUUGACCAAAUUGUGCUGCAUCGAUUCUUACACUUAGUCCAUCUAUGUACGUAGUCGCGUUCAAAGGCAUGAAAUACAUGCACCAGAAAAGUCAAA